AAGCCUGUUUCCCUAUGCUUAUGACCCAGCCUCCAUUCCUUCCACACCUCCAUUUUAAAAAGGGGUCUGCUGCGUGGACUUCUGCAAAGAUCCUGGGCGUUUUCUCUUUCUGGACCUGGUGUCCUAGAGGUGAGGCGUCCCUUUGGGGACUCUCGGCCGGGAGAGGUGGACGAGAAACACCCACUAGGACCCAACCCCGGCCGCCAGCGGCUGGAGCAUGCGCUGAGAGUUUGUGCAGCUGGCCCUGGCUGCCGCCGCUGCCUCGUCCGGACUUGGCGAGGACUUGGGAGGGACAGCGGCGCUGGGAGGAGGUGGCUUAGCGGAGACUUUCCAGCAACUGCUGCCCAGGACUUUUUUUUUUUUUCUUUUUCCCAGGAGGCGGCGAGGGCGGCGAGGGGAAAGGAAGAGAAAGAAGCGUCUCCAGCUUGAGCCAGUGCCGUCCUUCUGCUCUCCGCGAAGAAGGUCCCUGCCCCGAUGAGCCCCCGCCGUGCGUCCCCGACUGUCCCUCGACGGGCGCGGGGCGCGGAGCCCAGCGCCGACGAUCGCUGCUGUUUUGCCCCUAGGGGUAGGAUGUGGUGAAAGGAUGGGGCUUUUCCCUUCCGGGAUUCACAAUGGCCAGGGAAGAUUCCGUGAAGUGUCUGCGCUGCCUGCUGUACGCCCUCAAUCUGCUCUUUUGGUUAAUGUCCAUCAGUGUGUUGGCAGUUUCUGCUUGGAUGAGGGACUACCUAAAUAAUGUUCUGACUUUAACUGCAGAAACAAGGGUGGAGGAGGCAGUCAUCUUGACUUACUUUCCUGUGGUUCAUCCGGUCAUGAUUGCUGUUUGCUGUUUCCUUAUCAUUGUGGGGAUGUUAGGAUAUUGUGGAACAGUGAAAAGAAAUCUGUUGCUUCUUGCAUGGUACUUCGGAAGUUUACUUGUCAUUUUCUGUGUAGAACUAGCUUGUGGCGUUUGGACAUAUGAGCAGGAACUUAUGGUUCCAGUACAGUGGUCAGACAUGGUCACUUUGAAAGCCAGAAUGACAAAUUAUGGCUUACCUAGAUACCGAUGGCUUACUCAUGCUUGGAAUUUUUUUCAAAGAGAGUUUAAAUGCUGUGGAGUGGUGUAUUUCACUGACUGGUUGGAAAUGACAGAGAUGGACUGGCCCCCAGAUUCCUGCUGUGUCAGAGAAUUCCCAGGAUGUUCCAGACAGGCCCACCAGGAAGAUCUGAGCGACCUUUAUCAAGAGGGUUGUGGGAAGAAAAUGUAUUCAUUUUUAAGAGGAACCAAACAACUGCAGGUGCUAAGGUUUCUAGGAAUCUCCAUUGGAGUGACACAAAUCCUGGCCAUGAUUCUCACCAUUACUCUUCUCUGGGCUCUGUAUUAUGAUAGAAGGGAGCCAGGGACAGACCAAAUGAUGUCUCUGAAGAAUGACACCUCUCAGCACCUGUCGUGUCCCUCCGUAGAACUGUUGAAACCAAGCCUGUCCAGGAUCUUUGAACACACAUCCAUGGCAAACAGCUUUAAUACACACUUUGAAAUGGAGGAGUUAUAAAAAAUGUCACAGACAUAAACUGCAAACUUGUUUUAUUGAACUUGUGAAUUUUUGAGUACACACAUAUCUGUUUCAGAAAUAUGUAGAAAUAAAAAUGUUGCCAUAACAGAAUGCCUAGGCAUAUAUAAUUUUCUGAGCUUUAAAAUAAAGAUGGGAAAUUUUCAUGUUAUAAGUCACCACCUGGACAAUAAUUGAUGUCCUUUAUAAUAUUGAGGACAAAUCUACUACCCAUUUUUUUGCCUGUGUAAGAUUUUUCUGGCCAUAGUUAUGUUUUGAGGUGGUGUAGUUUGAUCUGUAUUUCUGCAUCCAUGCAGAUGAACCACAUAGGGUGGGAUUGGAGCUAGAGAAAAGGCUAAUUUUCUUCUACCAGCUAGUAUAUAAAGUACCAAUUAACUGCUAACAUAGGAAAUUAGUACUAAUGACUUUUAUUACUAGUGAUAUAUUGUUUUGAGAAUGAAAAAAUUAUACAUAAAACUUUCAAGAUUGGUGACUACCUAAUGCAAUUUUUGCAGGUUACUAAAAUGUUCUUACCACUUGCAAGAGCAAACUAACACAUUGUCUUGAACUGAUCAGGGAUCUUUUUGUAUAUAAGUCUUUGUUAAGUCUGUAUAAUUCAGUAGAUAUCAGUUCUUAUAAUGUUAAGAAUAACAAUUGUGAAAAGGAUAACUUUGUCCUGUUAUAGUACCAUUAUUUUUAGCCUAUCCUGUUAAUACAGCUUUAAAAUUUUGUCUUGGGUUUAUAUUAUAUACAUAACUAUUAAGUUAAAUACUUAACCACUAAUUUUGAAAUUUACUAGUGUGAUACAUAGGAAUCAUCAUCACUCAGAAUGAAGUUUGGUCUCUAGGAAGUAUUAACAAGAACAUUUACACAUAGCUUAGUUGAUCUGCAUCUAAAGACUUGGAUGCUAUUUUUCUCCCAAAUCAGUCUUUUGACACUAAACACUUUUCUAGAGAGCUUAUCCUUGCAUUCUUCAAACAAGAAGUAACAGUCUCCAAGUCAAUAUAAUUCUACAGAGAAUAAUGUUCUUUCUUUUUCUCCAGAAAAAUGCCUGUGAGAAUCAUUAAAAUAAGUGACAGUUUAUCUAGAGAUUAUCUUUCUUUUAUUUCACUGAUUAAUAUACUGUGGUGAAUUACACAGAUUAUUAAAUUUUUUACAAGAGUAAAGUAUAUUUAUUUGAAAUGGGAAAAGUGCAUUUUACUGUAUUUUGUGUAUUAUGUUUCUCAGACUAUGGAAAGAAAUUAAUACAAGGGUCAAUAAAUAUUUUCUAGAGAGUAA